AACAGGAUGUGGAAGAAGGGAGCAAUACAACAACAAACGACGGUGUAAGUGUCUGGUUGGAUUGACAGCAAGAUGGCGGUGACGCGGCAGGGCCGCUUGGUGCUAAGCACUUUUUUCCUUUUACUUUCCUUUGGUCGCGAGGGAGCGUGGGCUGCUGACGAACCUGUUCCUUCCUCACUUUCCGAGGGUUUUGAGCCGGCGCUAGGAAGUACCGCUCCGUGCCAGCGGACCUGCCAGAGCACCUACCCGCUGCAUACUUACCCUAAGGAAGAAGAGCUUUAUGCAUGUCAGCGUGGCUGCAGACUUUUCUCCAUUUGCCAGUUUGUAGAUGAUGGUGUUGAUUUGAAUCAGACCAAACUGGAGUGUGAUUCUGCAUGUACCGAGGCGUAUUCCCAGUCUGAUGAACAAUAUGCUUGCCAUCUGGGAUGUCAGAAUCAGUUGCCAUAUGCUGAACUGAGACAAGAGCAACUUAUGUCCCUGAUGCCAAGGAUCCAUCUUCUAUUUCCCCUUACAUUUGUAAGAUCGUUUUGGAGUGAUAUGAUGGAAACAGCCCACAGCUUCAUUACUUCCUCAUGGACUUUCUACCUUCAAGCUGAUGAUGGCAAAAUAGUGAUAUUCCAGUCAAAGCCAGAAGUUCAGUAUGUUCAGAAACCUCAUCAGGAAGCCAUGGAUCUAAAAGAAUCAACUCAAAGCAAAGCAUCUUCAGAUCUACAACCAAGAGGGCCACAGAUACAUUCAGAAUUUUUUGAAGAAGAUGAAAGUGAUAGUUUCUUCAAAUGUAUUUCAGUAAAUUCUGGUUGGAUAUUAACUACUACACUUAUCCUUUCUAUACUGGUGUUGCUCUGGAUUUGUUGUGCGACUGUUACUACUGCUGUGGAGCAAUAUGUUCCAUCUGAGAAGCUGAGUAUCUAUGGAGACUUGGAAUACAUGAACGAACAGAAGCUGCAUCGAUAUCCAACUUCUGCUCUUGUGGUGGUUAAAGGAAAAAUUGAUGAACAGGAAGCAGGACCCCUGCCAGCAAAAGUUAACCUGGCUCACUCAGCAAUAUAAAUAGGUUUUCAAAAGUAAUUCAGUUGUCUGACUCUACAACGUCUGUCAACUCUGGUGACUUUUUCCAAAUAAGGGCCAGGGUGGGGAGCUCAGCUUUCAGAUGCAAAUUAGAAUUACCAAAUCAGUGAAGGCUCUAUUGUCCAUGUAUUUUUCCACUAAUGAAAAAACAAAUCAGAUGGUGGAUAUAGGUUUGUGGUGUAUGCACACUUGUUUGCAGCUUUUUUUCUUACAAAAAAAUCACAAAUAUUGUCUGUACAUUUAGGUUUUGGUAUUUGCAUAUGAUGGCCAUCUGUUAGUGUUUCAGAAUGUGUAUUUGGAAUCCAUUUCAAAAAAUAUAAGGACUCUUCAAUGGUCAAAGAUGCCUUGAAGUUGACUUCUCAGCUGUGGAUAAAACCUAACAUGUAGAGCUGCUUGUAAAAACCUUACUGCCUGGUACAGCCUGUGUUCCAUGGACAACAACCUUAUUUCUUUCUGUGCUUUGUUACCUACCAGUACGAUAGGUCAGAAGUAAGUUUUAAUAAAAUUCCAAAUAAGUCCAGAUAGCAGUUCUGUACUGUAUUUGCAAACUCCCAAAAUGGUUAUUUAAAAUUAAGCAAUUCAUAAUUUCUCACUGCUUUAUAUUUGCUGGCUUUAUAAUCUUAAUAUGAUUACUCCACUUCAUGCUCCUAAGUGGAAGCAAAUCUGUAAGCAAACAGAGUACUGGUCACUUCUCUGUUCUAGUAGUUAAUUGACCACAAUGUGUUUAGUGUGUGUGAUGCUAUCUUCACCAGCAUUUCUUGAAACUGAGGUCACAUGUUCUUUUUACAACUUAACUGGAUUACCUCUUUAGUUUCAUAAGUGAGCAAAUGUUUUAUUGAAUACAAUUCUGUUAAUCAGAACUUUCCAUGAGAGCUUCCAUGUUCCUGUUAGCUUGGUUUCUUUUUUAAACAUAGUUCUUAAUGGAAAUCAUAGAGAAUUUGUGCCCAGCAUUAUGCACAUGUGCUUCUAAAAUGUUAAUUUGUUCUUUGGCAAGGAAUAAAAUUGUAUCAGGAAAGAUUGUGUAAUUAACACUGGCAUUGAAAGCAGAGUUAGUCUAAGCACAUUGACUUCAGGAGGCUUAGAAAGGACUAACACUGCUUAGGGUAGCCCUGUUACUCUUCUGAAGUCAGAUGAAUAAAAAAAGAGGUAAGCAAUUGUAACUCUCUGGAGAAUUUAUGAUGCUCUAGAUGCAAACUUCUAAAAUAAAAAUGAUGGAAUUCUCUGUUAAUUGUUACAUUAGAAGAAUCUCUAAUUAUAAUUUAAUGUUGAAAGUGGACUUUUCUAUUUAAAUUAGUACUCAACAAGAUCUGUAAUGAGGGCCUAAUGUUUAAAGAGAACCUAUAAACAAAUUGUUGCUGAUCUCUUACCUGGUCUCUACAUUAUGUUUUCUAAAGUCUGAGAUUCCUGUUUCAUAUAGCAAGGAACAGGCAACACUGAUUCAACCUGUGAAAUAGCUACUCUAAAGCAACUUCUGCAGUCAAUUGUGUUUCACUGUUACAUGGUAAUUUUCACAAUGUCUGUGGUCUUGGGGUUUUUUAACAUGCAGGGGUGAAAGAUACUAUGCAAUGGUUAUUUCAGUCAUAUUUACUUUAAAUUAUAUGUUAUAUUAGGAUUAAUUUAAUUUCUGGUUUUAAUUUUGUGUGCUAUAUCGGCUUUAUUGUGAAAAAUUCUUAAAUAUAAGUGCACAGAAAGUGAAAUGGACUGAAAUUAAAAUGUCUUAUCAACAGCAUGAGGUUACGUUACUUUGACUGUUUGUUAAAAUACAGGGGCUCAUUAUUGUGGGGCUUGUUUCUAGACUUGUAGCUCUAUAUGGCAAACUUGAAUAAGAACCUAUUUAACAUUGUUCAAUAAAUCCAUGCCUCCAAGAA